CAGUUGAAGCUUCGAGGGGACAAUUUUUCACGAUUCUAUAAAUAUUGAGACAAAAAAUUAAGCAAGCAUUGAAUCCAUGGUUUUCCACACAAAUGAACACCCUGGAUUUUAAAAUUUUUUGUAAAUAAGUUCAUUGGCCAGUGGUUGCCCCUUCUUCAGUCUUAAUGCAUAUGUAUUCAGUUUUAAGGAAAUAAGUUGUUAAAAAGAGUUGCAGAGAGGGAUUGGUAAGUAUGUGAGGUUGGCAUUAUUUCUGAUCCAUGCACAUGUUUUCAAAACUCGAGAGCAAGUUGGGUCGCUUUUAAGUAGUAACCAGUUAUCUGGUUGAGGGGUCCAUGUGAGAAGGUGUAUAUUUGUGUCCCUUGGUCCAUGUGCCUAACCACGUGCUCACUUCACGUAAGUCGUUAUUUUCGACAUUAGCAAAAACUACAGUGCAAAUUAGGAAGAAAUGAGGUGGAAAUCAACAUGGAGACAGCAGGAGGAUAUAAAUUGGAAUGUCCACACUGUUCAAAAAAGUUUGCCAAAAAAGACAAGUUUGCCAGACAUGUCGCGACACAUGAUCCAGAUGCCAGAGUAAAAUGUGAAAUUUGCGGGAAGAUGUUAAAAAACGCCUCCCUCUCCUCCCAUAUGAAACAUUUACACGGCAACCCGGCCAGAAUAGCGUGCACCACGUGUCCCAAAACUUUUUCCACGGCGGGAUAUUUUCGACAGCAUCUCGCAACCAUUCACAGCUUGGUGGAACGACCCCGCUAUCCGUGCACAUUUCCGGGCUGUACGAAAUCCUACCUGGACCAUGGGCACAUUGCAAAGCAUAUUAAAAUGGAACAUGUCCAGAAUCCGGCCCGAUUUCCGUGCACGCUUUGCGGAAAAGAGUUUAAGGCGAAGAAAGAUCUCGGGCGUCAUAUUGGGAAACACACGAAGGAAAAGUCUCACGUGUGCGGCACGUGUGGAAGAGGUUUCAGAGAAAUGUCCGAUUUGAGGGGGCACGAGGUCACCCACCAAAAUAAGGCCACCAGGACACUUUUCCAAUGUCAACUCUGUCCUCGGACUUGUUUCCGUUCAGCUAGUUUGCGUCAGCACAUUCGGACCAUGCACGAGAAAGAGAGGAACUACGUUUGUAGAUUUUGCGAUAAGAAAUUUAUGUCACCAGAGGUUUUAAGGAACCACGAGCGAAAUAUACAUUCCACAAACCAAGAUGAUUUCCCCUCUUGUGACAAAUGUGGGUACAAGACUUUCUUUAAGCACAAUUUGAGAAGACAUAUGAAAAGACAUGAAACUGAGAGUGGAUUUGACUGCUACUUCUGUGGAAAGAAUUUCAUCAUUUUUACAAGAUUGGUCAAACAUUCUUGUAGAUUGCAUACAAUGGAGAAAUAUGAGAAAUAUUAAUUUAUUAUAUAGAAAAUGAA